AGUGCGCUGGGAAACGAAAGACGCCAAUUAAUAAUUAAUUUUAGUUCUCCAACUGCCACCCCUGAUAUCGCGGCGGACGCCACCGUGGGACUGGGAUUGGAACUCCUCCCCCGCCCAAAUGUCGGCCAUUUCAGCCCCUCGGCCCAUCCCUUCAUCCUCCUCCACCAUACCCACCCGAAAGCCGCUGCACUUGAGAACCCAAAUUCACUGCGACCUCAAGAGUUCUUCCCCUCAGAAGUGGACAGUUGACUGCGUGUCCUCAACCGACCCAAUUCACAUCAUUCUCAAACCCCCGACUUCCACCGCAAUGGCUCCGACUCUCGAUUCCUCGCUCAAGAGUGCCAAAAAGGUUUGCCUAUUUUACUGCCCUGAGAUGAAGGAUCUAGCCGAGAGGAUUGCUUCUGAGUCUGAUGCCAUUGAGCUGCGAAACAUAAAUUGGAGGAAAUUUGAUGAUGGAUUUCCAAACUUAUUCAUAAAUAAUGCCCAAGGAGUUCGUGGACAACAUGUAGCUUUCCUUGCUUCAUUUAGCUCUCCUGGAUCCAUCUUUGAGCAAUUGUCCAUCAUCUAUGCUCUACCUAAACUAUUUGUUGCUUCCUUUACUCUUGUUCUGCCAUUUUUCCCCACCGGCACGUCUGAACGUAUGGAGGAUGAAGGAGAUGUUGCUACAGCAUUCACGCUUGCCAGGAUCUUGUCAAAUAUACCAUUAUGUAGAGGGGGACCAACUAGCUUAGUAAUUUUCGAUAUCCAUGCCUUACAGGAGAGGUUUUACUUUGGUGAUAGUGUUUUGCCAUGUUUUGAAAGUGGUAUUCCUUUGCUCUUGAAUAGGCUACAACAGUUGCCUGACUCUGACAAUAUAGCAGUAGCAUUUCCAGAUGAUGGAGCAUGGAAACGAUUUCACAAGCAGUUGCAGCACUUCCCUAUGAUUGUCUGUGCCAAAGUUAGGGAAGGUGAUCAACGAAUUGUAAGAAUUAAGGAGGGCGAACCCAAGGGACGCCAUGUGGUGAUAGUUGAUGACCUUGUCCAAUCAGGCGGCACACUUUUAGAGUGUCAGAAAGUGUUGGCCAAACAUGGAGCAAAAAAAAUUAGUGCCUAUGUGACACACGGGAUUUUCCCAAACGACUCAUGGCAGCGUUUUAAACAUGAUGGAGGAGGGACUCCUGAGAAUGGGAUGAGUUACUUCUGGAUUACAGAUUCAUGCCCAGAGACUGUGAAGCAAGUAAAACACAAGCCACCAUUUGAAGUUCUAAGUCUUGCAGCCGCGAUCGCUUCUGCACUCCAGAUCUAAAACUCAAGUUUUGUUUGCCAAGGCCUUUUUUCAUCCUUAUCCUGAAGAAUCAAAAGGAAUAUAGAGAAUCUGACAGAUAUGGUGCCGUGGAAAUGCUUAGUUGAUAUAUGAAUAAUAUAGUGUUAGCAUAUGCUAUAGACUAGUUAUGAGCAUUCGUUUUGAAUGAUCUCCUUGAGUUUGGAUGGACUACUGGAUAUGUUUUUGAAAAUAAACUUGGCACUUCCCAGUUCACUUUUAUCA